UCACAGUUGAUAUUUGGGAGAGCUGAAAUUCAAAUCCAGAUGGCAUCUCCUGGAUGUGCCCUCAGUGCCUUCAUGCUUCUAUGGCUCUUUAGAUCUGUAGUGAAUUAUCCCAAUGGGAAAGUCACACAGUCUUGUGAUGGCAUGAUUCCCCAACAUGGCCACAGCCCACAGUCGGAGCCCAUCCAUCGCCUCACAGUGAGUGACAGGACGUUCAGACCAGGAGACAAGAUUGAAGUUACUCUGUCGGGACCACCAUUUAAAGGCUUUCUCUUAGAAGCUCGGGAUGCUGAACGCUUGAGUGGCCCUCCUAUUGGCUCCUUCACAGUAAUUGACAGCCAAAUGUCACAGCUUCUGACUUGUGAAGAUGUACAGGAAUCAGCUGUGAGCCACAGAAGUUCAUCCAAGAAAACAGAAAUGAGAGUCUAUUGGAAUGCUCCAAGCAGUGCCCCGAAUCAUGUACAGUUUCUAGUCACAGUUGUUGAGAAGUAUAAAAUCUACUGGGUGAAGAUUCCUAGUGACGUAAUUUCGCAACCGAAUGCACUUCCUUUUACGACACCUAAAGCCACCAGAAUGCCAUUGUCAACAUCUCCCCCAGUUUCCCACUUAACCAAACCAUUCAGUGCCUCAGACUGUGGGAACAAGAAGUUCUGUAUUAGGAGUCCUUUGAACUGCGAUCCAGCGGAUGAGCCUGCCUGUGUCUUCUUGUCCUUCACCAGGCACGACCAGUCGGUUCUGGUUGAAAUGAGUGGUCCCAGUGAAGGCUACUUAUCCUUUGCACUUUCUCAUGACCGAUGGAUGGGUAAUGAUGAUGCUUACAUCUGUAUUCAUGAAGAUCAGACUGUGCGCAUACAACCUGCCCAUUUGACAGGGCGGAGCCACCCUGUGAUGGACAACCGGAGGCUUCUAGAGGAUAUGGCCUGGGGGCUGACGGAUGGUGUUAUCCAGUGUUCUUUCCGCAGAAACAUUACCCUUCCUGGGGAGGAGAAUAGGUUUGAUCUAAAUGCAAGCUACUACAUUUUUCUAGCAGCUGGUGCAUCCAGUGAUGGUAAAAUUUCUAAACACUCUAAGCAACCCUUGAUUACAUAUGAAAAAUAUGAUGUGACAGGUUCUGCAAAGAACGUAGGAGGCUCUCGGUCUUCACUGCUCUUGAAGGCUCAUGGUGCGCUCAUGUGUAUGGCCUGGAUGACUACAGUUAGCACAGGUGUAUUGGUUGCCCGAUUUUUCAAGUCUGUUUGGUCCAAAGCUUUCUUGCUCAGAGAAGCAGCUUGGUUUCAGGUGCAUCGGCUGCUCAUGCUCACCACGUCUGCGCUCACCGCUGUCGCCUUUGUUUUGCCUUUUCUAUAUAGAGGAGGUUGGAGUUGGCAUGCAGGUUACCACCCAUACCUGGGCUGUACAGUGAUGAUUUUAGCAGUUCUUCAACCUCUUCUGGCAGCUUUCAGGCCACCUGUGCAUCACCCAAGGAGGUGGAUGUUUAACUGGACCCAUUGGAGUGUGGGAACAGCUACGAGAAUAAUUGCAGUGGCAGCCAUGUUCCUGGGAAUGGAUUUACCAGGCUUGGACCUUCCUGGUCCACAGAAAACCUACACAAUGAUUGGAUUUGUGGGCUGGCACAUUGGAACUGAAAUCAUCCUAGAGAUACACGCUUACUGGCUCUCUCGAAAAGUGCAAAUACUGGAUGAUGACAGAAUUCAGAUCCUUCAGUCUCUGACGUCAGUGGAGGCAGAGGGCCAUGCUUUUAAAAAGGCUGUGUUGGCAAUUUAUGUCUGUGGGAACGUGACUUUUCUCAUCAUGUUCUUCUCUGCAAUCAGCCGUCUCUAAGCAAGCCAAGACCUUGCUUUCUAUGGACCAGGUGAAAAUCAUCCUCAAACCAAAGGAACUCAAGCUGAUACUGCCUGCCUGCAGCAGAGCCCCCAACAUCUGUUUUGGAAACCCAAGGAUGCAUCUGUAGGGAAGUUCUGAAGCCUGGUCUUCAUAGAGCAAAGGCAAGAGGCCUGUGUAGACAGUACCUGAUAUUAAGUGCCUUGUGUGCAGUUCUGCAUCUUAAAGCCUCAUUGUACUUGAGGAGAAAUGACUCCAGUAUUCUAUGUUGGAAUUUUAAGAAUGCUAGCAUUGAAGAAAGUAAAACAAGAAUAACUAGGAAAUUGAAAUAUCAUUAGGAUAAAAUGAAAGGCUAUUAAGGCAUAUAUAUAUAUAUGCGCAAAUAUAUUUUUUACAAAGGUGAUGUGGCACUUUAAAGAAAACACCUAUUUUUCAUGGCUUAUCUGAAGUUUUCCCUCAGGCCCGGGGAUAUAGGUCAGCAGAAAACACUUGCCUAAUAAGGCUGAGGCUCUGGCUUUGAUCCUAAGGCUCCCGUCUCCCACAAAAAGUAUGUUUUCCAGUUCAGUUUUGGGGAUACUUUCUUUCCUUUUUGUAUUUCAAUUCUUCUCUAGUCAAAGAUGGAGGAAGGGUUGACUUCAUUGUAGAUGUUUAUUAAUAUUCAUUUAUAGAAAUAUUAUACUUUCUUCAUUAGCAAUGAGAUGCAAGUGGGCAUCUCCUGCUUAAAGAUACUAUUUAUUGUACUACACAGAGACAAAAUGUCAUUUUAUCUGUUGUUUCAACUGUGAGAGUUAAGUCUUUAUAGCAUUGGGAAAUUUGGACCUGAAUUUCAAAUGUAAUGAAUUCACCCAUUUGAACGUAUCAGUCUUCUCUUUCCUUACAGAAAUAGUUAUAUGGGUGGAAAAAGCUUCCUGAUGCUCUAAUCAAUAUAGACAGUGUACUUCUGCAAUAGUAUAUGGCCAGGUUUCAUCUUUGCUAUGAGGACAUCUUGCCAGUGGGUGGUGCUAGGAUACCAAAGUAUUCACGUUGGUGUUUCCUUGGCUGUGAUUCACCUUCAGUAUUUAUAACACUGCAUGUUAUUUCUUUAUAUUUUAAGAGCUCAUCUUAAUCUUUAUGUGAAAAUUUUGUGUCUUUUCUCUUUUGAGCUGGACGUAGAGGUGGUACAAAUUCAAUUUUUUU